UUGAAGCCUAAUAAAUCAACCAAGCAAACUAAUGCCAAGAGAACCAAUGCAACAAUGGCUAAUCUCCAUUCUCUUCUAGCAAUUAUCAUGUUACUUUUGCUAAUGACUACCAUAAUCAAGUCUUCCACAGCUAGAACUCUAAACAAUCCAACCCCUAAAUCAAAUCACUACCAUGGCCAUCAUAGAAUAACAUUUUUAAUGAAGCAUAUGCUUAAUGAUACACAAUCCAAUAAUAAUUCAGAGAAACCUACCACUACUAAGGUCACAAAUCAAUUACCUUUUCCAAAACCUCUAGGAUUUUUCCCUCCAAAUGGAGGGAUUCCAAUACCACAAUCAACUCAAACACAAACACUUGAUCUUUCUACCAUUGGUUUCUCUUUUCCUACUAGAGCAGCACUUCAAGAGCUGGAAUUUGGAUCAGUAACAUCGAUCGACGAGGAACUGCUAGUUGAAGGCGAACACGAAGAUGAACUAAAGAGACUCGGAAAAGCACAAGGGGUGUAUGUAGCUAGUGAAGAGGAUGGAAGUAGCCAUAUGAUAGCUAUUACAGUGAGUUUUGUGAAGGGUGAGUAUGAAAAUGGAUUGAGACUUUUCGGAGUGCAUAAGAGUGAUGUUUUUGAGUCACAUGUUGCUGUUAUUGGAGGCAUUGGAAAAUAUUAUGGUGCUAAUGGCUAUGCUAUUGUUAAGGUUGUGGAUAAAGUAGGGUCUAGUAAAUUAGAAGGAAAAGUUACUAGUUCUAAAUUUCUUCUGUUUGAUGUGUAUUUCAGUUAGUAGAAUCUAAAGUAAUCCAACUGUUUAAAAAUUAUCAGUCAAGAUUGUGUUUUCUGAUUUUCUAUAUAGUAUUGAAAUUUUACUUGA